AUGACACAAUAUAAAUUUAAAAUUGAUGGAAAAGAAUAUCCUAAUAAUACAAUAAUAACAUCAUUGCCAACUUGGAAGAUAGAUCAAAUUAUGGUGAAUUUUAUAACCGAGGGGGUACUGGGUGGGGUUUCGGGGGUAAUCCGGUGUUGUGUAUCGACCAGGGUUGUCACGGGGUGAGAAAAAAGGUCGGGUUCGGUGUGUAUUUUCAAAAUUUUCUUCGUAUCGGGUUUCGGGUCGAAAAGUCAGGGUUUCG